CUUUGGCUGGGAUUCUUACAUGGGCCUCGGGCUAUCACAUAUCUGUUGAUCAUUUCUAGUGUCAUACAAGUUGUUGGCCUCUAAGAGCAUCAUUCUUGUCAUAAUUCAAGGAUUAGUAGCAAAUAUUUAAUAAAUAGGAAAAUUUUGUUACUUGGUCUAUGACUAUUAAGAGUUAUGAGUUAUAUAUUAAUUUACAUAUUUUGUGUCUAAGCUUGAGCAGUAUCUCAAUAUGAAGUAGAAAAGGCUGUUUAUGCAUUAUCUUAAUUGUAUUCAUUGUGGAGUGUAAGUGUGAGGAGUUCAAGUUGUACUUGAAAAUUAAUAUCUUCAGAGAGUUAUGAAACUAGGAACAGCUGCCAUUAUUGAUUUUGUCAUCAUUUUAAAUCCAAAUGAUUAUCUUUGUUCUCUACAAUUUUUAGGAUUAUUUUCUGUUGCCAGUUCUUAGAUCUCUAAUUCAUUUUCUUUGUGCAAAUCACAAGUUUUUGCCACCUCUAGUACUUAUUCAUAAUAGAUUAAGAUUGGCAUUCAUAGCCAAAAAUUAUUGGGGCUUAGGUUUGUUAACAUGGCUAGAAAGUGCUGAUCCCACAAAUGUGGAGGACUAACAAUAGGGGCUCUAUGACAUGAUUGCAUAUCUCUUAGUGAGGUGGUUUAAGGUGAUCAUGAUAGGUUGCCAUUUAUCCUCUCCCCCCCUCCCUAAGGUGGAUUUCUUAUUUUGGAAAUGUGUUAGUGGCAUUAUAUGGAUGUUUAUGGUAGGUAUAAAGCAUAGAGUUUGCAAGGUAACCUUACUAGUUUCUGAUGGUAGUUUGGAUGAAUAAUUUAGGAAGGUUUUUCCUAGAUUUCUCAAUUGAUUUAAAGUUGGUCCAGACCAUGAAUCCGUGACACAUCGCUGCAGGAAUACUUGGUUGAAGGCUAAGAGGUUCCCUUUUUCUUCUAUCAGGUGUGAGGUAAAUACAUGAAUGGACGAGAACAGUUCUCAUAUGAUAGUUGGAAGAGGGUGUGUAAGGAAAAGGCUGGUCCUUUAGGUUGACUUUUUUUUUUUUUGAGAGGAUUUCUUUUUGUAAAAUUAUUCAGAGACAUAUUAUAAGUACCUAUCAGAUGGAAGCUCCAAUUAUAGAUCUUGACUCCGAUUAAAUUCACUGAAGAUGGGAUUGUACUUUAAAAAUUAUGUACUCAAAAGAAAACAAAAUAUUUUUAUAUAACUAUACUUUCCUAGUGCAACAUCAAUGUCAAUGUUAGAUACCAUCCAAGUAGAAACUGGCAUGAACACUUGUUGAAACAGAAAUAUGAAGAGAAAUAAGAGAAAACUAAGGAAUAGUGCGGCUGUGGGGCAUUCCUAAGGCAAUCUAUGGUUCUUGGCUUUCCUUUCAGAUUCAUAUCUCUCCAUAAAGGUAAUAUAUAUUACAAGAGCCUUAUGGAAAAUUUAAGAGAGAAAGGCUUUAGAGAGGUCAAGGGAUGCAGUAUGAAUUCACUAGGAAAGAGAGUGCUCAAGGCAAACAAGUAGGACCUUUAUGAAAGGGAUAGGUAAGAGCACUUCCAUCCUUCACUACCCUAGUAGAACCAAGGCUAAGGCUGGAGCCAAUGGGUUCGAGCUGGCCCGACUGCAGGUCGGGCUUUGGGCUAGGUCCGAAUAGAAUCAGGCCGGGUUUGGACUCGAAUAUAGAGCGCAUUUUAUUUUCAUACUGGGCUCAGGCCUAUCAUUGACCUGGCUUGGGCCCGAGCCCAUUUGUAAGUCCGAUUCUAGUCGGAAUACAUUGUUCACUGCCACCACAUCCCUCUGGUCUCUUCCCAUACACUCGUGAAAGGUAAGGAGAAUCUUAACAGUUCCAAGGGUUGCUUGGCUCGGAAGCAGGUGGAACGAAGCCAGACAGACCUGGCCAUGUUCAUCAUCACCUACACCGCCAAGCACAACCACCCGCUUCCCACCCACCGCAACUCCCUCGCUGACAGCACUCGCCAAAAGUUUCCCCCUCCUCCCUCCUCCACAACCCCGCCGCCCAAUGUCGGCAACAGAGCUGGUGAUGGCGAGCACCUCCCUCCUGUCAAUCCAUCCUCAAGUCCACCGUCGUCCUCUACAACCGUUGGCCUCUCCCCCACUACCCCACUCACAGCCUCCAUGGAGGAUAAGCUCCACCACAAACGUCCGCCCAACAAGAGGGAGGACGGCAGCGAGGUAGACAACGACAAGGAAGAAGAGGAAGAGGGUGUGCUACUGGUAGAAGACAUGGAAGUGAUGGGCAAGGACGGGUUGCUCUUCAUGGGUUUAGAUGAGUCUUCUAGGGCCCCAGUGGCCUCGAUCGCCACAUCCACUACAGCGAUGGAUGCCGUCGCCUCCACCUUCUUCGACGAUGAUGGCGACUUUGGGGAGCGCUCGCACUGGAGCAGAAGUCCUUAGAGAGGUUGGAAGUUGAGAGAGAGAGAGAGAGGAAGGAGAGAAACAGAGGGAGAGGAAGGGGGUUCGGGCUGGCCUAAAUGUGUUCUGGCCAGGCCCAGGCUUGAUUUUUCCUAAAAUCAUAGGGCCAAAGCCAGGCUCGAAGUUCGAAAAAAAUUUUCGGGCCAGGCUUGAGUAGGGGUGGGGCCUAGCCCUAACCAAGGCUGACUAUGAGGUGAUGCUAUGGUUCACCUUGACGGCCUGUUUGUUGGGUAUGGCUCUUAAGGGGAGCUUUCCCAUGUGCAUGUUCCUUCAUUCUCUUCAAAAAGAGCAUUGUGGCUUGUUAAUUGGUCGAAGCUAGUAUUAUCACAUUUUUUAGAAACAUUUUCCAGUGGUGAUCUCAUGUCAUGUGUGCAUAGGAUAUUGGAACAUGCUGUAUAUAUAUAUAGAGAGAGAUAUUGCAGAAUGGAGGUAAAGGGGCUUGAUGCUUUACAUAGAAUGCAUAGAUCAUGGGUAAAAGUUGUUAGUCAUCAUUAAGAACCCUUCAGUAAAUUACUCUCCCUUCCUUCCCAUCUAGAGCAAAGGGAACAUUACUUCCUCCCCCACUUUCUAAAUUCUUUCGAAAACCAACAUGUUAGGAUUAAUGGAGGUGGUUGUAUUAUGUUUGAAUGGAAUGAGUGAAGGAGUUGAGAGUCUACGGGAGAAAGAGGGUGUGCUAGGUUUGAAUGAAGGUAAGGGAUGAGAGAAAUUGACGAUUUUGGGAAGAAUGCUGUGCAGUAGGAGUGUGGGAUCGGGGAUGGGAUGAGGGAGGUGGGUGGUUGUGGAUUGAGGGUUGGAAUCGAGAAAGCAUUUGUUCCAUUUCCUUGUAGGUUCUGGUAUAUGAAAAAUGUUUAGAAUAUUUAUUUAAAAAAUUCCUUUUUGUCCUUUUUUUUUGUUUUGAUUCUUUUUAAAAUUAUGUCUGAGAUACUCUUUUAUUAGCUAAGAAGGUAGUUUUGUGCUAAUGAUGUGGAGGUUUUUCUCUUUCUCAGGUUAUUGCAUGAUUGUUAGUGUGACUUUAGUGAUAUCAUUAUUGUAAUAUAUAUGACAGAUGUCUACUGUAGAUGUUUCUAUUUUGGUCUAUUUUCAUUUUAUAUUGUUAACAUGGUGGUCAAUGCCUUUUUUCUUGAUUUGAACUUGGUCCUCCUGAUCAACAAAAAAUUGAUGCAUUUGCUGGAUUGCAU